AUGUUAAAACUGAUUUAUGAAAUCCACAGAUCAUCUACACCUGGAGUGUAUGAGAAGUCGAGGUCCAGCACUACAAAUGUCCUAUGUGCUUGGACAGUGAAUGAUGUUCAACAUUUAGGACAAGCUAAGGCAGGCUCACCAGAGCUUCUUCACUGCUGCCUGAAAGACAUGGGAGGCAAGGUGGCAGCUAAUGGCAUGUUGGAUCAAGAGGUUCGGUCCGACUUCAAGGAAGAUGUCUUGGAACACAUGGGCUCAAUCGAUAUAGAAUGGAGGCAUACUGAGAACUGGACGGUGGAUUGCAUGUGUGGUGCUAAGGACGAUGAUGAUGAAAGAAUCCAUGAAGCAGUUCCUGCAAAGUUUGUCUGCACGAGAUAUUUAGAGUCCUUUGACAAAAAACUGAACAAGGAUGCUCAGGCCAAUGAACAUGCUAAGAAGGUUAUGACGUCUGGGGCUUGUUGA